AUGAGCCCUUCCACCCCCCAACAGUCGAUCAGCCAGGCUUGGGAGCUGGAAGCCUUCUCGCCCGAGUCCAUGGGCCAGCCGCCCGAGAGCACCUCUCCCAUCCGACACGUCGCCAGGCAAGACGUCAACGGCGCGCCCGCCCAGCGGUUCCAAUUCACCGACGCCGACCUGCAUCGCUACUUUAAAGGCCGCGAUCCAUACCCCACGACGACAAAGCAGGCCGAUGCUGCUCCUGCUGCCGGGACGCAGGACCGCAGCGGGCCGAGAGAUGUCCUCACGCGGCUGCGGCACUGCCCGGAGCUGGCCAUCGAGAUCGGCAAGCACCUGAGCCCGCGCGACAUCGUGGCGCUGUACAGCGCGAGCUGCGCCUUUCACGACGCCGUCGACCAGUUCAUGAAGGGAACUGUGAGCGCAUGGAUCGCGCACAUGGCGCCCGAGGCCGGCCGCGUGUUCGACGCUCGCUUCUACAAGCGGCACCUCGUGGCCGACCCGGCCGGUCGCAGCUGGAGCUACCAGUACGAUACUACGGCAGCGCCGGCCGACAACGAACAAGGGGAUGAGGCGGCGCCGGCGCAUGGUUCUGCGGCCAGUCAUACCAUCGACGCCGCCACGGCCGCCGAGGUUCGCGCCAUCCCGGGCCUCGUGUACCUGCAGCUCGUGGUCGGGCGGGACCGGUACUGCCGGGACAUCCGCGCGCUCCUCGCACGCAACGGGCACCGCACGCCCGCCUCGAUGCACGGCACCCUGCUGAAGCUGUGGCUGUGCCUGGACAUCCCCACCGGCGCGCACCGGGCGGCGCUGCUGCGCAACCGGGACGUCUGGGCCGACGCCGACCUUUACAACGCGCAGCUGCUCUUCGUCAAGCUCGGCAUGCACUUCAACGACCCCGUAUACGGGCCCAACACGUACGAGCUGCUGCACCUCGUCCUCGGCCAGCAGCGCGGCGGCCUGCACCCGCUCUGGCAGCUGCUCGCCCGCUGGCGCUUCACCCGCCUCGCCGACGUGCUCGCCCUCAAGGUGCGCUACGACUUCCCCGUCGCCGCCUCCCCCGCCGACACGCGCGUGCGCGGCGUCCCCGGCCACUGGAGUGCCGAGUACUUUGGCACCGCGAUCCACGGGGUGCCGUACGAGGAGAUCGGCCGGGGGCACCUGGAGAGGAGCGACCCCCGUGGACUCCCCCGCCACCUUCCGAGGCCGGACGAGCUGGUGCCGGUCGAGGCGGUGGCGCGCGGCCUCGAGCUCGAUAGGCACCUGGUGGCCAUGAUGAUGUGGGGGUACGUCGACUGGGCGUCGGGCGAGAACCUGGUGCCGGAGGAGGAGGAGCUGCGCGUGGUGUGCGAGGAGACGGCGGCGGCGCUGGAGCGCAGCGACACGACGCACCACUGGCGCCCGCGGCACGCGCGCAAGAAGCGCUUCGACGCGCUCCCGCCCGCCGAGCAGCGGCGCAUCCUCGACGAGGACGAGGACGAGCGCCUGCGCGCCAUGGCGUGGUGUGGCGAGAUCGACGACUACUCCUCCGCUCCCUCCGAUGACGACGAGGGCGGCAGCGCAGGGUGCUCGAUUGAGGACGAGAUGACGAGGGGGUACCUUGUGCCGCCGCGAGACGACGAGGUGGUCGUGCCGGGGGUGGGGGACGCGGAUGGAUGGGUCGACUUCGUCAACGACGUGCUGGCGGGCGGCGGGCUGGCGCCGGAGAUCAAUGGUGAGGAGGCGCUGCGGGCGCAGGCGUGGCAGUCGUAUCAGGAUGUGGAGAUGGAUGCAGACUGGGACUGGGGGCUCUGGCUGCAGCAGCAGCAGGGGCAGCAGGAGCAACAGGAGCAGCAGCACGGAGAAGAUGGGGAAGAUGGGGAAGCCGCGGAGGAGACCGAGGAUAUGGACUUGGAUUCAGAGGCGGAGACGCUCGUGUCAGAUGAAACGGAGCUGGACGAGCUAUGA